UGUUUGCAGCUGUUUGCAUUUGAACUCGCAGCACUUCACGUCUCCUCGUUUCGACAGCGUUUCCCGGCAGUGAACAACGACGUACAACUAACAAAAAUAUGGGGAUCGGAAAGAAUAUCUCAGACAGGAAAAAAAUGAUCAUUGUUGGGGUGCUGGCGGUCUCCAUCGUCACCAUCAUCCUGGGGCUUGGGCUGGGGCUGGGGCUGCAGCUAGAGGACUGCCGCAAUGAAGCCAUUCCCACGUCCUGUAGGCACCGCUGUUACGAGCCCUACGACACCGAGGCACCAGGCUGCCGCUGUGACAAGCUGUGUGUCCAGAGCAACAACUGCUGCUACGACUUCCAGGACAUCUGCUUCCAGCCCACUGAGCAGUGGGAGUGCACUAAAUUGCGCUGUGGAGAGACCAGGAUCGCGGACAGCAAGUGCCACUGUUCCGAUGACUGUCUGGCAGCGGGGGACUGCUGCACCAACUUCAAAAGUGUCUGUCAAGGUGAAACAGAGUGGGUGGAGGACGUCUGUGAGGAUUUGACUGCCCCUAAAUGCCCAGCAAGUUUUACAAGACAGCCACUGCUCCUUAUAUCACUGGAUGGGCUGCGUGCUGAAUAUUUGUCCACCUGGAAUAAGCUCAUUCCUGUCAUAGACAAACUAAAAAACUGUGGCACUCAUGCUCCUUACAUGCAAGCUGUGUUCCCCAGCCUUACGUUCCCCAACCACUACACCAUCACCACAGGCUUGUAUGCAGAGUCCCAUGGGCUUGUGGACAACAACAUGUAUGAUCCUGUCUUUGAUGCGUCCUUCAGUCUGUCAAACAGUGAGAAGUCCAAUCCCAGAUGGUACCAGGGCCAACCGAUCUGGCUCACUGCAAUGUACCAAGGGCUAAAGGCUGGGACCUUCUUUUGGCCUGGGUCGGAUGUCAAAAUCAAUGGAAGCUUUCCAAACAUAUAUCAAGAUUACAAUGGUAAAAUACCAUUUGAAGAAAGAGUUUUCACUGUCCUGAAGUGGCUCAGCUUGCCAGAGAAAGACAGGCCUGACUUCUUCACUCUCUACCUGGAGGAGCCUGAUAAAUCAGGACACAAUGACGGGCCGGUCAGUGGCGGGGUGGUCAUGGCCAUUCAGGAGGUAGACAGGAUCAUCGGGCAGCUGAUGAAUGGACUCAAGCAGCUUAACCUUCACCAGUGCAUCAAUAUCAUUGUUGUAGCCGAUCACGGCAUGGAGGACACCAGCUGCGAGAGGGUGGAGCAUCUUCAGAGCAUGAUCGGUGAUGUCUCGGGCCUCUAUGUGUACGAGGGUGCAUUCGGGAGGAUCCGCUCGGCGGACAAACACCAAACCUUGGACUCAGCUGAACUUGUGGCCAACAUGACUUGCAGGAAACCAGGCCAGCAAAUUAAACCCUACCUCAAGCCCCACCUUCCCAAGAGGUUCCACUAUGCCAACAACAGGCGCAUAGAGGACGUCAACGUGCUGGUCAACAUACAGUGGCUGUUCGCCAGGGAUCAAGGUUCACUCAGAUAUUGUGCUGGUGGUACCCAUGGUUAUGACAACGAUGCUGAUAGCAUGCAGGCCAUUUUUUUAGGCUUUGGACCAAAGUUUCUGCACAAAACUCAGGUUGAUCCCUUCUCAAACAUAGAGCUCUACAAUCUUAUGUGUGAUUUACUGGAGAUCACUCCAGCUCCAAACAAUGGCAGCCAUGGAAGCCUGAACCACAUUCUGCGAAAGCCCUGGCACACACCCUCCUUCCCCACUGAGCAGACCGCCCCCGGGGGCUGCCCGCUUCUGUCCCUCACACCCACAGACCCCCUGGGCUGCACCUGCCCCGCCCUGAAUGGAUCUAGUGUCAAUAACAGGCUGAAUCUGACAAGCAAUGAAGUGUCAGCUUCUGAGAAAACGAACAUGUUGUUUGGACGACCCAGAAUGCUGCGCUCCAGUGAAAACUACUGUCUACUACAUCAGCAUGGCUAUGUCAAUGCCUACAGCAAGAGCUACCUGAUGCCUGCAUGGAAUUCAUUCACUGUGGAUAAACCUGAUAACAUGGACCCCCUGCCUGCCAUCAUCCAGGAUUGCCUGCGAGCUGACGUCCGUAUCCCAGCCAACAGCAGCCCCCGUUGUGACCAGUACACUGCGGCCAGAAACAUAACCUUCGCCUUCCUCUACCCCCCAAAUCUCAACAGGACUGCUGAUGAGCACUAUGAUGGGCUGCUGAUGAGCAAUGUGGUCCCCAUGUACCCCGAGUUCAAGAAGAUCUGGAACUACUUCCACACAGUGCUCCUGAAGAAGUACGCCUGGCAGUACAAUGGCAUCAAUGUGGUGUCGGGACCUGCAUUUGAUUACAACUACGAUGGACACUUUGACACCCCUGAUCAGAUUCAGCAGUUUGUCCCAGGCACACGGAUUCCAGUGCCCACCCAUUACUUUGUGGUCCUCACCAGCUGCAGGAAUGGGUCUCUUCCACUAAGUGGCUGCAGUGAGCAGUUGCAGACCGUCUCCUUCCUGUUGCCACACAGACCGAGUAACACUGAGGCCUGCAAUAGUGAGGAGGGGGAGUCCCAGUGGGUGGAGGAUCUGAUGUGGUUCCACCAAUCCAGAGUGAGAGACGUAGAGUGGCUCACAGGAUUGGACUUCUACCAGGACAGCAGCCAGCCAAUCCCGGAGCUCCUCCGGCUCAAGACUCGGCCCACGACAGCCAUCCGCAGGAAGUCCUAAAUCCCGCUGCCAUGGGUCAUCAUGCACCGACAUCUACACCACCUCUUUCAUUUCAUCCGUGGCCCUUAAUGUUUAUGAAUGUAAAUAUAAGAUUUUACUGA